AUGACAUCAACUGAUAAUACCUGCAAUAUGGUAAUCGUUGAAUGUACAGCAUGUUCCCAUCCUAUUAAUUUAGAGAAACACAAAAAAAUCAGAACUCAUCCUGAAUUUGAAGUCAUCAUUUGUAAGAAAUGUUGGGACUUUUUAAAGAGUGGUGAGAUCUCCCAAGAUGAAGAUGGUUAUGAUGAACAAUGUCGAUGGUGUGGUGAUGGUGGGGAACUCUUAGGAUGUGAUUACUGUACUAAAAGUAUUUGUCAGAACUGUAUUAAAAGAAACUUCAGUAAAGAUAUUUUGGCAUCUAUAAUGGAUGAAAAUGCUAAAUGGGAAUGCUAUGGUUGUAAUAAGACACCUCUAGUUAAUUUAGUUACAGAAGCUAAAGAGUUAAAAGAAUACAUGAAAGAAAAGCAUGCAGAAGAAGACAAGAAAGGGAGUACUUCCGAGUCAGAUGACAAAUUAAACAGAAAGAAGAAAAGCAAUAACAGUGAUGAUGAAAUUAAAUCUGACAAAAAGAAUAAAGCUAGUGCUAAUAAGUCUGAAGAUGAAUCUGAAGAUGACAGUAGAAAAAAGUCCAAAAGUGCCAAGAAAGAUUCUAAGAAGAGGGAAGAGGGUUCAGAAAAUGAAAAAGUAUCAAAAAAGCUCAAAAAGAGAGAGAAGAAAACAACUGCAGAUAGCGAUUCUGAUGACGUUUCCUUAUCUAAGAGAAAGUCAGAAAAGAAAAAGAAACCAGUUAAUAGCGAAGAAGACAACAAAACCCCUAAAAGAAAAACAGCUUCAGCAAGAAAUAAGAUUAAAUCAAAAAAAGUAGUUGAUAUAGUUGAUAGUGAUAGUGACUCAGAAGAUGACAUGAAAAUUAAUAAGAAAGAUUCUGAAAGUGAAGAAGAAGAAAAAUUUUCUAAGAAAACACCCUCAAGAAAAAAGGGUAAAUCAAACAAAGCUGUUGAUGAUGAUAGUGACUCAGAAAGUGACAAAAAGAAAUAUGCUGAAAGUGAAGAAGAAGAAGAAAAAUCUUCUAAGAAAAAAUCCUCAUCAAGAAAAAAGGGUCAAUCAAAAAAAGCUUCUGAUAGCGAUAGUGACUCAGAAAGUGACAAAAAGAAAGAGAAGGCAGCUGAUAGUGAUGAAGAAGAAAAAUCUUCUAAAAAGAAAAAUGCUUCAUCACCAAAGAAGAGUAAAUCAAACAAAGCAGCUGAAAGUGAUAAUGACUCAGAAGAUAAGAAAAAGAAGAAGGCAGCUGAUAGUGAUGAAGGUGAAAAAUCUUCUAAAAAGAAAAUGGCUUCAUCAUCAAAGAAGAGUAGAUCAAACACAGCGGCUGAUAGUGAUAGUGACUCAGAAAGUGACACAAAGAAAAAGGAGGCAUCUGAUAGUGAUGAAGAUGAAAAAUUUUCUAAAAAGAAAAUGGCUUCAUCACCAAAAAAGACUAGAUCAAACAAAGCAGCUGAUAGUGAUGAUGAUGAAGAAAUAAAAUCUUCAAAAAAGAAAAGGCAGUCCAGAAAAGCUGAUUUUGACAGUGACUCAGAAGAUCAGGAAAGGAAAAAAAAGAAGCCAGCUGCUUCUGAUAGUGAAGGUGAAGAUGAUACAAAGAUAACAAAAUCCACAGGGAAAAAGGGGAAGAAUAUCUACACUGAUUCUGAAGAGGAAUUGCCAACUUCCAAACAUCAGAGCAAGGGAGCUGGGAAGAAAUCUGAAAGAAAAGGUGGAAAAAAUUCUGAAUCUGUAUCAGAAGAGGAUUAUGAGGAAUUUAUGAAAAAGGAAAAGCUAAAUAAUGCUAAAAAAGAUAAAAGAAAAUCUGCUACACCCAGUUCAAAGAAACCAGCAAAGAAAGUUGCAGUUAGAUUACCAGUAAUAUCACCAAGGGGAAGAAAACGAACAGCUUCAUCAUCUAGAAAGCCAGAACCAAAAUCUCCUGCUCGUAGACCAGGAAGAAAACCAGCAGAAAAACCAAAGCUUAAACUCAAACAGCCUGCCAGACGAUCUGUUGGAAGUAUUACUAAGAAAGAUCUAGCAUCAUGUACAGCAUGUGGUUCAGAUAUCAAUAUUAGAACAGAUGAACCAUUUCAACAUCCAGAUUUAGAUGUAGUUAUCUGUCAGGGGUGUUGUGAAUUUUUAAAUUCCGGUGAAAUUACUAAAGAUGAAGAUGGGUUAGAUGAACAAUGUAGUUGGUGUGGUGAAGGUGGAGACUUGAUAGGAUGUGAUUUCUGUGACAGAGUAUUUUGCCAUGGUUGUAUUGAAAGAAAUUUUGGUAAAAAGAGUCUCAAAUCUAUCUUGAAUGCAGAUGAGGAUAUGAAAUGGAAAUGUUACGUUUGUGACACCACACCAAUACAAUCUCUAGUUCAGAAGAGUAAAGAGUUAUUUGAAAGAUUACAAGAAAUUGAUGAAGAAUGUUCUACGGUUAAAGGAAAGGGAAAAGGAAAAUCAACAAUUCAGCCUAAUUUUAAAGUCGAUAUCGAUUCAAAUGGUAUUAUUGAUAAAAUUGGAAAAAUGAUAGUGGCGACUUCUACACUCCAAACUGUUUUAGAAACACUGCGUAGUGAUCAGAAAUCUGAUUGUAAUGAUGAAAAUUCUACUAAACUUGACAAAGCUAGUGAAACCAGUUGCCGUGAUUCAGUGGCAAAGGCUUUAGACACUUAUUUUAAGUCCGUGCAAUUCAUAUCUUCUGCCAAGUUUGAGAAAAAACCUGUCUCCCCCCAAAAAUCUGAAGAAGCCAUGGAAACAGAUGAUGUUCCCCUGACCACAAAUUCUACAGAGGAAUGUAAAUCCACAAGUAAAAAUGUUUUGUCUGAUAUCAGUGACUUCAGUGACAGUGAUAAGGAAGUUAAUACUGGUAAAAAAGAAAUUGCAGACUUUAUAAAUGAUGACAGUGCUUGGAAUUCUGUAUUUGGACCAUCAGGAGACUCAGACAAGGGCUCAAAAAAGGACACUAUGGAUAAAUCAGAUACAUCUAAAAAAGUAGAAACACCUAAAAAAGUAGAAACACCUAAGAAAGAUGGAACACCUAAGAAAGAUGGAACACCUAAGAAAGAUAAAACACCUAAGAAAGAUGGAACACCAAAGAAGGACCCGUCAUCACCAGUUAAAUCUAACAAAUCAGCAGAUAAAGAAUUCACAAAGGAGGUAGAGGAAUUAGAAGAUUCAGAAAACAAAGUUGAAGAUGAACAAGAUAAAUCUGAACAAGUUGAAAAUCAGGAAGUUUCUGAAAUCAUUACAGAAGUAGAAAAGGAAACAGAAGCUGAAAAUGGUACUGGAAAAGAUAAUAGUACAGAAACUGGAAAAGUUGAAGAAAAUGGCAAUGGAGAUAUUGAAGAAAAACCAACGGUAGAGACAAAUGGGCAUGGUUUAAAACGUAAAUUGGCUGAUGUUUCUAUUGACUCAGAUAAUGAAACUAGUGUUAAAGAAUCUAAAAUAUUAGACGAAGAUUCAGCUGAUGACCUGCCUGCUUUUGAUUCUUGA